AUGUCUCUCGUGCGAGCGGGGAUUGCAUUAUCGAAGGCGGAAGAGAGAUUGAGAGAUGCUGUCGCGCAAUAUGAGAAAGACCUCAACCUCGACCAGCAGAAGACCUUGCUUGCCUACAGGCUUCAAGCACACAAUUCCCCCCCAGAUGUUAGCGACGUCAUGCGAAUUACGGCGGAGAUUGACCGCGAGGUGUCCAAAACCAAAGUGUUUCGUGGCCGUUGUUUCGGCCCCCGGUUCACCAACAUUUUACAAGCCGUUCAACAAUUUGCAGCACUCGGAGAUGUUAUUGUUGGAGGCUCUCAGAAUCUUAUUGCUUGUGGAGUAUGGUCACUGGUACGAUUCAGCUUGCUUCUGACGGCGAAUUUCUCUGCGUGUGUCGAGAGGCUCUCCAAGUUAUUGAUGGAUGCUGGCCGUGCUGCGCCACGUUAUCAAGAGAUGGCUUUGCUCUACCCGCAAUCCCGGUCGCUCCGGUCAAACAUGUGCGAAUACUUUACCGUUGUCGUCCGUCUGUGUCACCAACUCGUGAUGUUCACGAAACAAUCUAUCUUUCAACAGUUGAAAGCCUUCUUGAGUGACCAAGAGAUGACUUCGUUUCGAGACCAGCUUGACCACUGGGCUGUCUCAAUUAAAGCGGAAGUCUGGCUCCUCACGAAUAAAAGCAUCGAAGAGCAAGGAAUGAGUUUGAAGGCCAUCAUGAGGUCAGGAAAGACUCGUCGAGCAGAGAAAGCAAAGUUCAAAGUCCUCAACUAUUGUUCGACUUACGAUUAUCAGUCCACUUGGAAAGAGCUACGAAAAGCGGGCAACACAAGUCUUCUUCAGGGCAGCGCGGAGUAUCACAGCUGGAAAACCGCACGACAGUCUGCAACUCUCAUAUGCCAGGGAAAACUAGGAUCUGGAAAGUCAGUUCUGCUGGCCAAUAUGGUUGCAGAUCUAGGCCUACACGUUGGCAGUGCGAAGUGUUCUAUCGUCUAUUUCUUCUGUCGACACAAUAUAGACGAAAGCUUGAAAGCUCAAACGAUUAUCGGAUCGAUCGUUCGACAGCUUCUGACCCGUGUCGCCGACUUUACCGAGAUUGAGCGCCAGAUAGUUGAAGAUUACUCGCCAAGAUCGAGUUUAGCCGUUGACGAGGGAUAUCGAAUGCUUCAGGACUGUUUCCCGGCAGGCUUGGAAGCCUUUAUAAUCCUCGACGGUUUGGACGAAUGCACCGAGAAAGAGAAGGCCACUGUCUACGACCAACUACAGACACUUCAGAAGAGAUUUACUUUGCGUAUAUGCCUUUCAGAUAGGCUGGAGCUGGACACUUUCUUUCCAGCACGCGCAGCCCAGCUUUUGAAUCUGCACCGACUCUCCGUUCGCAACAAUGCUGCUGAUAUCGCCAACUUCAUAGAUGACGAGUUGGAAAGGCUCAUCAAGUCGAACAGGCUGAGGUUAACAGAUCCCACCCUAGUACUAGAGAUUGCCGAUGCUCUCUUGGAAGGCGCACAGGGGAUGUUUCUUUGGGUGGCACUCCAGAUCUCAGAUUUAUGCCAACAAGAGAAUCAGACAGAUGCCGACAUCCGUCGCGCCUUGAAAAAUCUACCCAAGGACCUCAACGAGACAUUCUCGCGAAUCCUUAGAAACGCAACGGAAAACAGCAAGGGUUAUCAAAACCAGGUGCUCAAAGUUUUAACAACGGUAUACCGACCUUUGACGGCAGAGGAGCUUCGAGAGGCUCUAAGUAUUGUACCUGGAAACCGCGUUUGGAAUUCGGAAGAGCUCAUCAGCGAUAUCUAUGCCGUACUAGCAAGUUGUGGGAGUCUCGUUAUGGUCGAUGAAGAAUCGCUAACGAUACGUAUUGUCCACCAAAGCGUCGUUCAGUUUUUGUUUGGCGAAUAUAAAGGUGCAGCACGACCAAUCAUUACACGAGAAGGGGCGGAAAAAGCAGUGGGCGAGAUUGUUAUAACAUAUCUUUCUUAUGAUGUGUUCGAUAGUUCUAUCUCGGUCAGGGUUGCACCCGAGAUACCAGCCGCACCAGCAAAUAUCAUCCGGACAAUGGACAUUCCACUCAGCGUCCGUGAUACUGCAGUAAAAUUGCUGCAGCUACGAAAACAGCCUGGAUUUGAUAUGGGCCAAGUCCUUUUCGCCACUAGUCAACAGUCAUCAACAUAUGUAGAAAAAUGGCCAUUCUACGGCUAUGCGAAAGAACACUGGGAACGCCACUCAAGAUACAUUGAAACAAACAACUUGGAAAUGAUGCGACUCUUGAUCUCGGUUGCGCAUAAGCAAGUAAUCCUCGAGGAGAACGACACGUUGGUACGAUGGGCCAUAAGACACAAGCACAAUCCCGUCGCCCAGGCCGCCACCGAUGAAAGGAAAUUCACCGAGUCCCUCAUGCAAUCUAUUGUCCACGGAGACAGCGAUUCUGCGAUGAAACUUGUUGGCGAGAUUCCAUGGCGUUAUGAAGAAUUCAACUAUCAACUCUGGGCGAUUGCUGCAAAACGACCUUUUUUUUGCAGCGGGCAACUCUUGAAUAACAUGCUCCGUCAAGCAGUUAUUUUGGAAAAGUUCAAGGGUCCCGAAGUUCUUGGUCGACUGCUCAAGACUGGUAUACGGCUGGACAACAUUGCCCUUCUACGCUUGCUUGAAGAACACAAAUAUGACCUUCUCAGUCUCAUUCUUAAAGAGAACAUAGAUGUUGAAUGCCGCAGCGUCGAGGGGGGCCAGACGCUUCUCUAUUGGGCCUCAUGCGGUCUUAGCCAUGGGAUUGUUCAGAUGCUUUUGCAGGCUGGCGCAAAUGUCAACUCGGUCGAGACCAUACACGGAGAGACGCCGCUGAUCGGAGCCACGAGGCACCAGAGAUUGUCAACUGUCGAACUUCUUGCUACUCACGGAGCCGAGUUAGAUGCAAGGGAUAGACACGGAGAUACGGCUCUGACGAAAGCGGCCGCACUAUGGGACAGUGAUAUCGUCGAAGUCCUUUUGAGGCAGGGGGCAGAUCCGAACGUCAAACACCCCUGGGGCAUGACAGCGUUAAAUCGUGCACUAUCUAAAGUCCGAUCCGAAGAAGAUUCGAAACUGGCCGCAUGUGUGGAUGCCCUAAUUACUUGGGGGGCUGAUAUACAUCACGAUUUGGUAGAUGGGAUUACAUGCUUGGCAUUCGCCCGUAAACUGGGGUAUGAGAAGACCGUUGAAGUUUUGCUGGAAGCGGAACGUACACUACAGAUCAAGGGAUACGUGCCUCUACAUUAUGCUGCUAAAGGCGGUCAUGCGAAGACUGUUGAACAUAUUCUCGUCACAGGGGCUGACCCAAAUAUACGCGCAAAAUCCGGCAAAACGGCCUUGAUUUAUGCCGUUGAAGCUGACAACGAAAGCGUUAUCGACGUCCUUCUCGCUCAUGGGGCCGAUCCAAGUAUACCUAAAAACUGUGGCGAGACGGCCUUGAUGAUCGCUGCUCGAGCUGGCAAUGCAAGUGUUUGCAAACGUCUUGUCACUAAGGAAGGCAGCCCAACCAAUUCCGCAUUCGAGUUCCAGUCACAGCUGUCAUUGGAAGUUGCACAGUCCCCUCUCCCUGAGAUGGCUCACCCGAUCGAGCGAGGCGCGAUGGUCAAGCCUUUGUUUUUCAAGGCGUCUGAUGCAACCGACAAGCAUGCUACUCGGUUUCCAUCUUAUAUUCUUGUGUACAAUCAGGAUGAUGAAAUUGUUGAGGUUGUUUCCCCUCACAAAACCUAA